GAAACUGUUGGAAUUUCACGUUGGAACCUUGGUUGAAAUUAAAAAAUUUGUAUAUGUUUCACUUUUCGGAAGAGAACAUUAUGUCAUUGUACUUAUUCUGUUAAGAUUUGAAUGUGUGUUUAUUUAUAAAGUGAAUAUACAUAUAUAUAAUAUAUAUUUAAGAAAUAAAUCAUUCUGUCAUAUUGAAUAUUGUUGGAAAAAAAUGGAGAACAGAUACGAUAAUGCUAUGCGUUUAGUUUUUAGAUAUUUAAGUGAUAGGGAUUUGAAAAAAUUAUCUUCGAUUAACAGAUCUUGGUCGAAACUUAUUAAAGAAGAAAAUCUAUUGAAAGGUCCCCAGUUAAUUACAGGACAAGUAAUAAAAACUCGUAACAAUAGAAUUACUCUAAAGGAUAACGUUUUUAAUUUUACCCACACAAAACCUUUUUUAAUUUUAUCUUUUACUAAUAAGAAUUCAAAAUCAAGAGUAAUAAAAAGACUUCACACGAAGCUAAGACCAACUUAUUGUUAUACAGUAAUGUUGAAAAGAGAUUUUAUUGAAGAUGAAAAUACAAUUUGGACAAUUAUAAUUCCUCAUUCAUCUGCAAUCAAAUUAAACGCCUUUAGCUUUGGGGAAAGAUUUUAUCUGCCAGGAUUUUUUUGUAUAGAAACAUGUCAUUUCAUGGAAAUAGAUUUCGAAUAUUUUCCGGAAAUGAGAUCUUAUUUCGACAGAUUUAUUGACAAUUGUAUGACUUAUCCUCCCGAUUCUAGUUAUACGACUUGUAUGAUUAUAUUAUGCGUAUAUUAUAAUAUAUCUCAUUUAUUACAUAUAAUAAAACAUUUAAACACUUGGUAUACAAUUGGUCCUAUUUGGGGUGCUACGAUAGAUUCAGCAGAAGCAUGUAAUCGUAUAUGGAACGCACCACCAAAUUGUUCCAAAACAAAUAUCAUACAAAUUUUUAUAACUAGCCAUAAUAUGAGUACUCAGUAUUUAACGUUAAAUGAAAAUUGUAAUACCGAAGAAAAAAUUUUUAGGAUGCUCCAAGAUUUAAGGAAUAGAAUAUUAUUAAGGAGACAUUCCAUUGGUUUUUUAUGCACUCCUACUGCACGUUAUAAAGAUUUCUACGAGAUUGAAUCAAGAGUGUUCAAAAAAGUUUUUCCUAAGAUACCAUUGGCACAUAUUUUCAGUAACAGACCAUUUGGAGCUAAAGAUCUCAAAGAAUUUUAUAGCUAUUUGAUAGGAAUCAAGCCGCACGUAAAUAAUAAAGCUUCAACUUUAUUAAUACUAUCGUAUAACUAAAUUCGCAUAAAUUGUGUAAGUUUUUUGUGAUAAUUUAUAACAAAAAUUAUAUUAUUAAUACAUGUAACGGUUAAAAUAAUGAGUUAUAUCUAUAUGAAUGUUUGUGUGAGCAACUAUGUAAUAAUAUAUUAUUUGUGACAAGAAAAUGAAUA